AUGCCGUCGUUGUGUAUCACUGGACUUCUCCUGCUGCUCGCCGCGCACUCCCACGCCGCCGCCGUCGGGCUCGCCACACCUGUGGAGUACGAGUACCAUAGUUAUGCGGUAACUCCUCUGUCUCCGCACACAUAUAGCGCCCCGGCUGCCGACGACGUCCCUCACGCGCAGGAGGACGUCGCUGCGUCGUCGUCGGCUCUGCACGUCCGCCUAGUCCACCGCGACUCGUUCGCAGUGAACGCCACCCCAGCCCAGCUCCUCGCGCGCCGCCUGCAGCGGGACGAGCUGAGGGCAGCGUGGAUCAUCUGGAAAGCUGCUGCGAACGGUACGCCGGUCGUUGGGCUCUCUAGCGGACGUGGGCUCGUGGGCGCCGUGGGCUCGUGGCGCCGGUGGGGAGUACAUCGCCAAGAUCGCGGUGGGCACGCCGGGCAUCGAGGCGCUGCUGGCGCUGACACAGACAUGGCGUCACGUGGUUGCGACGUCCCAUGCGUGGUGCUAUCGCGCAGUCGGGCCCGUGUUCGACCGGCGGUGCUACGCCGCGAUUCGUGA